ACUGACACUCACUCGCUCGCUCCGUCGCCCGGACAACCAGCUGCAGAGGAGGGGGAGACAGUGGGAAAGGGAGAGAAAUAGAAACACAGAAGGAGAGGUGUUUUGGCUCCCUGACUCAGCUCCUCACAAUCCUAGCCGUCAGAAGCCAGAAGUGCUGUUUCUGUCCCUCGUGGACCAACCAUAAAGACAGGACCCACAUCCACAAAGAGAGUCGGGUUCAUAUCCAAGAAUUGAGUUUGAGGAGACACCGGACCAGCUUCCAUACAACAAAGGGAAAGGUACCGGACUGGACAUCCCCACCACCUAACACCUUUCUCCUCUCCGGGCACAGGCAGGUGUGGUGAUGGAGUCCGAAGAUGAGCCCUUGUUGCUUCAGGCAGAUUGGAGUCUUGAGGAUGAUGAGGAGCAGGAGGAAGGGGAGGUAGAGGAAGAGGUGGAGAGACAGUGCAGCUUUGCUGAGGAUGGUGGAGUUCGGGGUCUGUGGGAGGCAGUGGGCUGGGUGUACACUCAGCCCUGGCUGUGUGGGCUGGUCCUGGCAGUUGGAGUUCUCCUGCCCUGUGUCCUCGCAGCCUACAUGUUCCUGCGCUGCCCUCCCCUGGACAUCGACCUGUCCUACAGCGCCUUCGAGGUUCGCAGUCAUUCUUCUGCCCAGCGUUUUGACGCGCUGACCAUCGCUCUGAAGACCCAGCUGGGCUCCUGGGACAGACGCAGACGCGAUGUAGACGACUAUGCCUCCCGUGCCCUGAGAGACUUGCUACUAGACAGGCUGAAGACACAGCGGGGGCGAGCCUCUUCUGUGGGAGGAGGGUAUAACAGCAGCAGGUUUUCAAAAGCUGAGAGACAGAACCUGUUUGAAGAAAGGCCUUUGCACGAAGGGGAUGAUGAAUUAUACAGGUUAGAAAAUGCAGAGAACAGGAGCUCAGGUCAGAGGGGUGCAGAAGGGAACAAGGAGAAUGACGGGAAUACAACUAGACUCAUAGAACAUGAGAAUCAUGAAGCCAAAAAGGCUCAAGGAGAUGUGGAAAAAGGAAGAUCUCCCCAUCUCGUCAGGGUCCCCCGGUUUGUGGCAGGAGCGCCAUAUUACUCCUACCUGCAGAGCCAAGCUUUGUGGAGGAUGGAGCUGGUGUUCCUGGCCCAGGGCAAAGGGGAUAACAACAUCUUCACCCCGGAACGCCUGCGCACCAUCCACAGGGUGGAGCGCCUGGUUAUGCAGCACCCUCAGUUUCGUCAGUUCUGCUGGAAGCCCCUGGAGGUUCUGAGAGACCUCCCUCUGGGGCCCUCCUACUGUUCUCCUCCCAGUUCCCUCCUGUCCUACCUCUUCCCCAGUGAGCGAGGGGGCAAGAUCUAUUAUGAUGGCAUGGGCCCUGACCUGGCCGACAUCCAUGGUGCCUUGAGCCUCGCCAUAACUCAUCCGCAGUUCUACUGGUAUGUGGAUGAAACCCUGACGCCGGACACUCUGCGAAGCUCCCUCCUGCGCAGUGAGAUCCACUUCGGGGCCCCGCUGCCCUCCUUCUUCUCUCUGCAGGACCGGCCCGAGGAGCAGAGGCGCCGCUUCCGCAGCUUUGUGGUCCAAUAUGCCGACAUCCUGGCCCACCAGUCCACCAGUCAGGUGAAGGUGCUAUAUGGGGGCACGGAGCUCUUUGAUGAUGAGGUCAGACGCACCUUCCACAGUGACAUGUUGCUGGCACUGAUCAGCGGUGGCUGCAUCACUGCACUGGUCUACAUCCUGACCUCCUUCUCAGUGUUCUUGACAUUUUUUGGGCUCGCCAGCAUUGGUCUGAGCUGCCUCAUGGCUCUCUUUCUGUACCACGUGGUCUUUGACAUCCGUUACCUGGGCAUCCUUAACGGAGUGGCAGCAUUUGUCAUCAUUGGCAUCGGUGUGGACGACGUCUUUGUGUUCAUCAGCACAUUCAGGCAGGCCUUUCAUCUGGUCCAGCCAGGGCAGCGCAUGGUCUACACGGUCAAGACCGCCGGACGAGCCACCUUCCUGACCUCCUUCACCACUGCCGCCGCCUAUGCAGCCAACACCUUCUCCCAGAUCCCAGCAGUCCAUGACUUUGGCCUGUUCAUGGCCCUGAUCGUCAGCUGCUGUUGGCUGUGGGUGUGCCUCAUGAUGCCUGCUGCGUUGUGUUUGUGGAGCCAGUAUGUAGCGCCCCUGGAGAGCAGCUGUCUAACACAGUGUCACUCAGGGGUGUCAAUCAGCCACACCCCCUUGUCAGAUCAGGAUGAUGACAUCGCCCUAAUGUCAGUGGAAUUAGAGUCAGGGUCCUGUGAUCCAGACAAUGACACCCAGCUGCUGUCUCUGGCAGUGGAGACGUCCCCACCCCUCUCUGGGCAGGGUGGAGCAGGGCUGGUCAGUGCUGGCCUCCAAGGGGUACUGCAGCGUUGGGUGGCAGAACCAGUGGUGGAAAAACGCAGAGUGAUUGUAGGUCUCUACGUCCUGGUUCUGCUAGUGUCGGCAGGGUUCUGCUGCAUGUUGCGCCCAGCCAGUCGCGCCCCGCUGCUGUUCCGAUCCAACACAAACCUGCAGACCCUGCUGGAGCUGCGCAGUAAUCUGAGUGCGCAGGGCAUCUCCUGCCACAUGUGCUCUGGUCUGUUCAUGGAGAAGCCCCACUCUUUGCAUAGUGUUGCCCAUCCCUGCCCCUCUGUGCCUGGGACACCUCCCCAGCAGCACCCCUCAAGCCAAACAUAUUCAGAGUCACACGCCUCCACCAAACCCAUCUCCACGGUCACCAAAAAAGAUCUUCUACUCACAGUUUAUGUGUCCAAGCUGGAUGUUGGUGCUGCCAUCACCCUUUACCGCUUCUCCCUAAAUGCCAGUGUGCCCUCACCCUGGAAAGCCCUAACACCGGGGAAUGGGGAGGUCCCAUCCUUCCAGGCCUUCAGCGGGCCUCAUAGCAACUUCAGCACACGUAUGACAGUGUGUGUGUCCCACACUGCCCACCCCCACCCGCGCUGGAUGAUCACUUCACGGUCAUGUGACCCCCACUUUGGCUGGAGGUCAGAGUUCAGCUUUUAUGUGGCAUCGGCUGAGCAGCAUCACAGCAGGAAGCUGUACUUUGCCCAGCUCAGACGUAGCCCCUACCCCAGCCGAGUGUGUGCAGCGCCCCCUGGCUGCGUGAUUAGUGCUGGGCCAGAUGGACCCACCCAGGGUGCCUUCUACACCCCACUUUCUGGAGAAUCAACACAGAUCACAAGUUCAAAAACCUCAGGCUUUAACCCUUGUGGAGGUGGAGGCUGCGGACGGCCAGCAGUGCGCCCUCUGGUGGACACAGGAGCCAUGGUGUUCGUAGUGUUUGGGAUCCUGGGGGUUAACCGCACCCACCGCAAAGACAACCACGUCAUUGGGGACAUGGGCAGUGUUAUCUACGACCCCAACUUUGACCUCUUCAAAGAGAUUGGGCACCUCUGCCAGCUUUGCAAAGCCAUCAGUGCCAACACAGGCUUAGUCAAGCCUGGAGGAGCCCAGUGCCUACCCUCAGGAAACAGUCUGUCUUCCCUCCUGCCGCUGCUCCAUCCUGAGUGCCAGUCUCUUCCUCAACCAAACCUGCUGCCAGGACAGCUAUCCCAUGGGGCCGUGGGCAUGCAAGGCGGCACAGUGCGCUGGCUGUCCAUGGCCUUCGAAUCAACCACCUACAAGGGGAAGUCCUCUUUUCAGACUUACUCUGACUUCCUCCAGUGGGAAACCUUCCUACAGGAGCAGCUCUCAGCUCUGCCCAAAUCCUCUGCUUUGCGACGAGGGUUCCAGACCUGCGAACACUGGAAGCAGAUCUUCAUGGAAAUUCUAGGUGUGGAGAGCGCCCUCUACAGUCUGCUCCUCUCAUUAGCGAUCUGCAUAGCAGCUGUGUCCAUUUUCACUGCCCACCCUCUCCUGCUGCUGCCUAUUCUCCUCACCAUCCUGGGUGUUAUCUGCCUGGUGGUGGCGAUCAUGUACUGGCUUGGCUGGGAGAUGGGGGCAGUGGAAGCCAUCUCUCUCUCCAUCCUUGUGGGCUCCUCAGUUGACUACUGCUUGCACCUGGUAGAGGGAUUCCUGCUUGCUGGAGAGACAGGCCCCCAGAUGGCUAGCCACAGUGCAUCUUCUCAGGACCUCUCUGCCCUGCGGCAGUGGCGGACUUUGAUUGCUGUGGACCACGUUGGCGUGGCAAUAGUCUCCAGUGCCGUUACCACGGUGAUCUCCACGGUGCCACUCUUCUUUUGUGUCAUCGUACCUUUCGCCAAGUUUGGCCAGAUAGUGGCCAUCAACACCGCGAUCUCAAUCCUCUUCACCCUCACUGUCACCGCCGCCCUGCUGGCCACCAUGGGACCCGCAUGCUUCACCAGACCCCCUGGUGCAGUGCUGAAAGCCUGUCUCAUUGUACUGGGGACAGUAACCUUUGGCUUCACCCUGUACUGGGCCGGGGGGCACCUGAUGGGCCCAGUCACGUGGUCCACAGUCACCACAUAGCAACAAACUAAUCAC